CAAUGCAAAAAGUCAUUUACGAAUACCGUUAGAGGAAUCCAGUAGUAUCAAGAUGGAAAGGAGAACAGGAUUAAAAAAAGUUCAUUAGGUUUCGCCGAGUUAAACGACGUUGAAUGAAAAAAAAUACGCGUAUGGUAAUGGAGAAUGUAUAAACGGAUAUAAAAAAGAAGAAAAACAAAAUACAAGUUGAUCGAGUAAAAGGACGGGGAUUAUUAGAUAACUUGUAAAAAAAAAAAAAUAAAAAAAAAUGUGAAAAGAUUCAACAACCCACGUGGUUGACGAUAAAAGCUUGACUGAUCUCCCCCCCCCCCGCUGUUUACGUGUGGGUGUACGCACCGCAUGUACGCACGCGUACCGAACCGCGACCGAGUGUGAACGAACACGUACGAACGUUUACGAAAGCGGUAGGAUAGCGACACGCGCCCGUAGAAAGAAGGAAAACAUACGAGCAUAAUAAGAGAAAGAGAGAGAGAAAGAGGAUUAUUUUCGCUUUUGCCGGUACACACGUAUCUAAAGAGUCCACGCACUUACUUACGUAUUCGCGUGUUCUAGAAGCAUGAACAACUUUUCUUCGUCGUCGCGUCCCUACGUUGCUUUUUCUUAUACUGCGACAAAGACAACGACGACAUAGACAUAGACAUAGACGACAUAGACGACAUAUGUAACUGAAUAGAUUGACUAUAUUUGUUAUAAUUAAGUAUAUAUGCCGCGUGAUUAUGAAUCUCGGCGCGUCAUGACGCGAAAUCGGUGACGGAACGUGACUUUCGGAAAAAAAAAAUAAUAAAACAUUACAUCCACAGAGAGAGAACAAAAUAUAAGAAGAGAACAAACGCAACGUUAUUAUUUUGCAACGUUCAUACUUAUUAAUACUUAUGUAGUAGUAUUAGGAAUGACUUUAUAAAGCAAAUGUGAAAAGGUAAUAUGGUGCUGUUGUUGCUUUUUUUAUUUUCUGUAUUUUUUUUCUCCUUUCUUGCGUUCUAGCGGAAUGUGUGUAGUAGGAAAUAUCUUUGGAUAGAUCGAAGUCAAUAGUGCGUAGAGAAAAACAAUUUGAAAAGAAAUAAGUGAAUAAAAGAAGGAUGAACGGAAGUAGCGGUUACUUUUCGCGAUACUGAUCCGAGAGGUGUGUUAGAUUAUUGUGAUCGAAUAAAAAAGAAGAAGAACAAACACAACAUUUAAAAAAAUGAAGAACGAGGAGAGUGUUGAACAUGGUGAACGAUGGACGUUUCAUAGUUGGUGUAGUUGAUUAUUAAAAUAUACAGUUAGGUAAAGAUAAAUAGAUUUUAAAUAGAUAACUAAUAGAUAUUCUAAUGUGUUCAUAAUUAUAAUGAACAAAAGAACAAAGUGUACAAAUAAAUAAAUAAAUAGAUAAAUAAAUAAUUGAACAAAACGAGUAUUAUGAGUGAAUAUGAAAAAUAUUGAAAAUAAUGUUAGAUAUUAUAAGCAAGUGAACUGAGGGAAAAAAAUUAAAAAUAAAAAAGGGAGAGAAAGAAAGGAAGAAAGAGAAAGAAAGGAAGAUGGAGGAUUGAGAGGAUCACGAAAUGCCGACAAUCGAAAGGCUUGCAACAAAGAGAAACGCGAACGAAGAAUCAGACAAAAAUUCAACGAUUGAUAUUAAUACAGGUCAAGCGAACGAUUUGAAUUUAUCCGAAUUUUUGAGACCCUGUGGAGAUGGUCGCGAGACCAUUGAAGAAUCUUGCCUCGAAGAAACCGGAAGACACCAUUCGUCGAGAGAGAAACGUAGUCUUCUUGGUAAUUUUCAAAGAAGAGCUUUCAACAGGAUCAGCUUCAGAGGUGAAUCUGGACCUCUUUUAACAAGAUAUCGUCAAACAAGAUUCAGUUCAAGAAGAGUACGGAAGAGAGUGGUGUUCAAGCACGGAGAUUGCAACGUCGUACAAGGAAACGUCGCUAAACGUCGUCGUCGUUAUUUGCAGGACAUUUUCACAACUUUAGUCGAUGCUCAAUGGCGCUGGACACUUCUCGUAUUUUCAAUGAACUUUUUACUAUCUUGGCUUGGUUUUGCAUUAAUAUGGUGGUUAAUCGCUUAUAGUCACGGUGACCUUGAUCCACAUGAUUCGUCGAAUUAUACAUUUACUCCUUGCGUCGAAGAUAUACAUAGUUUCACCAGCUGUUUCCUUUUUUCCGUCGAGACACAGCACACGAUUGGGUAUGGUUCGAAACACACAACAGACGAAUGUCCAGAAGCAAUAUUUGUCAUGUGUAUACAAUCGAUGACAGGAGUGAUUUUACAAGCCUUUAUGGUCGGUAUAGUAUUUGCCAAAUUAUCUCGACCGAAAAAAAGAACCCAGACUUUACUUUUCUCGAGGAACGCUGUAAUAUGUCAGAGGGACGGUCAAUCCUGUCUGAUGUUUCGAGUUGGAGACAUGAGAAAGAGUCACAUCAUCGAGGCUCACGUGAGAGCACAAAUGAUCAAAAGGAAGGUGACGAGAGAGGGCGAACUUCUACCAUUUUUUCAAACGGAAUUAAAAGUAGGAGGUGACGGGGAGGAAGAUAAAAUCUUUUUUAUAUGGCCAACAACGAUUGUUCACAAAAUAGACGAACAUUCGCCACUUUAUCGUAUUUCCGCCAGCGAUAUGCUUCGAGAACGUUUUGAGAUAGUUGUUAUUUUGGAAGGUGUAAUUGAGUCAACCGGAAUGACGACACAAGCAAGAAGCUCUUAUCUACCGUCAGAAAUUCUUUGGGGACAUCGUUUCGAGCAUAUUAUCACGUUUCGCAAAGAAACCGGUGAAUACGAAGUCAAUUAUAGUCUUUUUAACAAUACUUACGAGGUUGAUACACCAUUAUGUUCAGCAGCAGAUCUCGAUCAAUUAAGAGCAAUACAUAAAGCUAAAGGAGAACGCAUGAGUUCAGGUGCAUUUCCAUAUCACGACGUCUCGAGUAGUUCUCUAACAACAAGUUCCGGUUCGAGUUUGGCCUCUUCUGCCGGUGGUCUUCACAUGCAUGUACCACCGUUGACUCCACCAACUCCAAUUCCGGUUAUGAUCACCGGUCCUGACGGUACCUUGAGACGGGAAAGCGUAAACAGCGUGUUACUUGAACGUCCAAUAUUUUAUACGCACGACGAGUCUACCGAUAACGAGAUCGUUUGUGGUGCUGCUACUUCCGUUAAUCCAGAGGAUUCCAAAGUACAAGAGGAAUACAAUCGUGCCUUGGAAGAUAUUAAUGCGACACUUAGAAAAAAUAGAAAACACAAUAACAAGGAUGAAAGGAAGAUUCAUCGUGAAGGCUCGAAGAGUACGCUAGAUUCAAGGAAAAGCGAAUCGAGGAUUAAUACAGAUGGAAUGAAAAGAUCCUCUUCAAGAUGUAACAUCGAUCAAUGUCAGAAUCGUAAUAAAAAAACAUGCCCGAAGUCAACUUUGGAUCCCAGACACUGCAAAUUUAAGGGCUCCCAUGAAUCACUUCGCGACGCCAUGCCGAGGAGAUCGAGUUUGUGCGAUGGUCAAAAAUCGAAAGAAAUGCACAAAAAGACUUGCUUCGUAUUGGAAAAUGAAGAUGAUACGAGAAGCGUUGAAAUAACUAUACCAACUAUAUCAACGUCGUUGGGUGUUCCUGAACGAUUGGAAUACGUCGUAGAUCCAAGGGAAUCAAAUCAUCAUUUGGAACGCUUGAAUGCUUGCGAAGACGUCUAGUGUUCAGCAGCUGGAGAGCGUGCGCAUUACGAAGCAUACCGAAUCAAGCCGAGUCCAACCGAGAUGUGAUAAUGAGACUUUGUCAAUGGACACCCCGCGAAACGUGAUAAACUGCUUAUCAAGUUACACCUAUUUUGCAUAUAAAAAAGGUCUACACCUAUUUUCUUAUUUUCUUUCUUCCUUACUUUAUACUUUCAGCUAUUAAUUGUGUCUGCCGUUUUGUUUGAAUACAUUGUAAGAAUCUUAAGGGAUCUUCUGUUUUGGACACUUUUUGGAUCUGAUCAAGAGGAUUCAUUUUGGGUUUUUAUUGUUUUCAUUUAAAGAGAAAUUAUAUAACUUUGAAAUGAUGAUGAUGAUGAUGAUGAUGAUGAUGGUGAUGAUAAUGAUAAAGAUUUCAUUCGUAAUAGAAUAUUAUUAAUCCCCAAGUUUCAUAUAACUUUUUGAUGUCAAAAGAACAAUCAUAUUCGAACAUAUUUCUAAUUCGGUUUUAAACAAAGAACGGCCACGAAAUUCAGGUCAAAUUUCAUCUCACGAUCCUCGAAAUCACGAGCUGGUUUAGCUCGACCUUCCGAGAAUGAGGCCGUAAACGUCGCGAUUGUCAUGCUAAUUGCGAACCUUGGAGAAUGAAAUUCCAUCGACUACUCAACGGUUACCCUCUGGGAAUUAUAGAUUUUAUUGCUCCGAAACGUGCGUAACCACACACAAAGGGUAUUCUUUAAUAAACAUUGAUUAUUUCGACAAAAUAUGUUGAUGAUAAAAUAUUUGUACAAAAUAAAGUCUUAAAGUAAUGUUUUAAACAAUUUUUGUUCGUAAUCUUAAACAGCUCGGAAACGUACAUUGUUUCUAGUGAGAAUACAAUGGUGAGUCGUUGAUGAUACUCGAGAAUCACGAAACUAGCCUAAGCGUAUCGCUUAGCAAACGUAACGUAUUACUUAACUUACUCUUUAUCUUUUUUUUUUGUUUUGGUUUUUGUUCUCCAAGCUCGUCCUCGCUCUGAUAGCGAAGUUAUACCGAACACUGUCAUCACCUCAGUGAAACACUCUAAAAAUCCUAAGAAUAAAAUACUACGAUGAAUAAUAAAAAAUCGACGUUUUAUCAUUUCUCAAUAGUAAUGAUUCACGAACGAAUAUAAUAAUCCUUUAA